AUUUAUAAGAUGUGUGUAUUAUUACACUGAUUUUGUCAGGAGGGGUGAAGCUUGUGGCUGCAGUUUUGUGUGUGGUGGGUCUGCGCCAGUCUGUGCGACGUGGUGAGCGGUGCUCAAACAGCCAGAUUAGAACGAUGUAUAAAAUUUAAAAAAUAAACAAUAUGGAGGCCGAUGCUAGGCGCUUAUCGGCCGUCAGCAUUCCUUCACAUUGCUUCGUUUAUUAAAAUAAACAUCUGUUAGAAAUAUGGUGAGAGAGUCAAAAUAUUGGAAAUACGAAGUGCCGCAAAUCGGCGCUCACGCGAGUUUACGUGUUUAAUGAGCGAUAAUCAUUAUGACGUAAUCCGCACGAGUCUAAAUUGGUCUAAAUAUAAAUUAAAGAAAAAUUAACAAGUUGUGCUUCCACAUUAAGUUAGUUUUUCGUCUGGUACAUCAGAGACGAGCUGUACAAUUACUAUCCAAAAUCAAAGCUCUAAUGGCGUUUUUAAGUCCUUUCUGAGUUUUAUCUCGUUCACUAGCAUCAUAGUGACUUACUGUUGAGUGCCAGACAGCAAGAUUUCAGUGGAAACCUAAGAUGGUAUACCUUUUGUUGACUAGAACAUGGUUUAGCAAUGAUACUAUUGAAAAUCAAGAGCCAGAGUAAAGCUGCUCAGCGCAAUGCUUUUCCUGACAUCUUUGGAUAUACAAAUAUCUUCUGUAUGAAAAUCAAUGCAGAUACGUAUAAGUAAAAUUAUCAUAAAAGUUAUCUCAAAACAAAUGAGGAUGUUCAGGCGCUGGGUGUGUCCAAAUUUUGUGAGCUGUGGUUCUAAGGCAGCAGGCAUUUUAGCUCCAUUGACGAUUCCUCCUUUACACAUUGCUUUUUUGUACCAUUUCUGGCAAGAAUUCUCACGAGAUGUAGACAAGCAAUACUGUUCCUGUUCAUGCUGGGACACAGUGUUCAAGGGAUCAUAUGAAUCUGGCAUUGCUUCGUACAAACACAUGUAUUUCAAUGCCACAUCCAACACCUUGAAGAUAUGGUUCACAGUUGUAAUUGGUGUGAUCACGUUUUACGAGACAGUGAAAUAUUUAACAUGGCUUGCUCUUCAGGGUCGUCUACGAUUUGGAAUGCUGAUCCUUUUUUCGACUGCUGUUUUUUCCCAUUACUACUCUUGGUGGGUUUACAUUAAUUACUGGAACGACGACUUUUAUUCCCAGUGGUAUCAUCAACUCUUUUUCUCCAUCACUGAGUUGAUCUCCACAUUUCUCGUCGUUCACUUGGCUGACUCUCAAAAUCCUGUCACGCAUAGAAAAGCAUUUGGCAUUGCUGCGAUUGCUAUUUUGCACAUUCUCGCCGGUAGUUGGGAUCAGUUUAUUAGAAAUGUCGUGAGAGGCGAAGGAUACGCGCAUCAGGUCGUUCGUGAUUUGGGUUUCAUGAUCCCAGACAUUCUUCAUGUUGUCCUAGCACUCGGGUCACUGCGAUGGCGAGGCAUUCCUAAUCUUCCAGGAUCUGGUAUGAGAGAUCCCAGCAUCAAGAAGGAUCUGACAUGUAUGUUGGGUAUGAUAGUGAUGGGCCUGUGCAUUUGUUCCAUCCUAUAACGCGUGAAACGAUUAUUCUAGCAAUUAGUGUUUUAGAAUGGCAAAAAGUUAAAGAAUUAGUCUUCAGCGAUUACCAAUGCCAAGUGGUACACGUAGUAUAUCCUUAGAACUGAUUAAAGUUAAAAGACAGAAUACAAAUCCCAUGGACAUUUAUUUGGUCAGAUAUUUUAUAAAAAUACUACCACUUCCUUGUGAAGGAAAUGUUAGUACGACUAUGCAUGCCAAUGACGUUUGUACUUACAGUUAGAGUACUCUUUUUUGCGAAUGAACUGACAAACGAUCUUUCAUGCAAUAGUAACGAAACAUGAAACGAAUAAUCUUUGUAUUGCGAAAAUGAAUGAUGAAUGCUUAGGAUCAACAAGAUUUUAAUACAAGAAGACUGUAACGAUGGUGCAAACAAAUAUUUGAUAUAAUUAACUGAGAUGGUAUUGAUCAUUAAUCGAGACAUAUGGGUAUUGAAUCCCGGUAAAACAUGACUUUGUACACUUCCACGAGGAGCUAGUAAUCGAAUAGUGAAAUAGAUUUGUAGCUAUGUAGGAUUUAGAAUACUGUAGAGAAUUAGAGACAACGACCCACCUCCAUUAUUUAUUGUGCAUCGUAUAUUAUCGUAUUUAUCGCAAACUUCUUCAUUUAAAAUGAGACUGCAAGUGUUGCGGAACGACAUUUUCAGCUAAUGCCACCAUCUCAGUCUACCUUAUCUAUCAAGUAUAUUAAGUUACCGUUGAUGUGUACUUUAAUAGUCAUUAGACAUUCGGCAAUAGUCAGAAUGAUAUAGUCCAAUUGUGGCAGCUAUACACACCUUGUACAAGAUAGUUGGAAUUACGUUGUUGUUUGCCUUAUCCUUAGACAUAAUAUUAGAACACAAUUAAACGUCGAUACGGUCUUUAAUGCAUUCAUUCGAUUGGUACAAAAGUCCGUUAUCAUAACCUAUCAUUUUUAAGCGUCAUUAUUGAUAGAUCGGAACGACCUAUUUCAAAAAUGGGAGAGUGAUAACUGUGUCGAUCGAUAUCGAUUCGAAGCGAUUUACGUUGGAUAUUAUCGUAUAAUUAGGUAUUGAGCGAGACAAAAUAAGUGAACAAAGAGUAUGACAUAGAACGAAUCUAUGGAGCAUCAUUCGGCGAAGCGGGAUCGAAUAAGACGUGCUAAUCGAUGCGCAAAAUGGCUAUAAGGUUUAAAGUGCCUAUAUGCGUCACAAGAGAUUUUGUUACUCGUUCGUUGAGACGAUUGCUGAUAUUAAGACUCUAGGUAUAACAUGUAUCAUAAUUGUUGUAAACUUUUUUUAUUGUAUUUACAUUUGCGUAGGAAUUCUUCCAGACUUUAAUCAAUUUAUUUUCAAAGGCACUUGUUUUAUUUAAUAUCUCUCUAGUAAUUAUAAAAAAAAUUUUAUAAAAUUUUUUUAACAGUGAUCUCAAGAAUACUCUAUAUAUUUGAUGACUAGCACUAAUUAUUGUUGACUCAAGGAUCGAAUCCUCUAAUAUGGUCGUGUCGAUCUAAAGUAAUACUAAGUAAAUUAGUUAUAUCGAUAUAAAAGCGAAUUCUUUCCCGCGCUUUCACCAUAAAAAACAUAACAGUAUUUAGUUUAGUUUGAAGUAUCAAGAAAAUGCUUUUUACAUGCAUGUAUCUUUUCGUUGUCAGUGUGAACAAUGUUAGUAAAUUCUUGUUAGUUACAA